UUAAUUCAGGAGCUCGUGACAGAAACACAGCAGUCAGCUUCGUUAGCUGUUAGCCGCUCCAGCUGUUUCCGUCGCCGUCAUCAUCAUUUAUCUUUGGGUCAGUCCGUCUGUCUCGCUGAGAACGGACUGCUGCAGCAGGCUGAGACAGAACAGAACCAGCAACCUGCAGACUGACUGGACCGAACCGCCCUCAGCGACAACCCGAGCUAACGGCUAGCAGUUAGCAUCCAGCUGCAGUUAAAGUUGUCCGUCUCUGUGGAUGUCUCUGUGCAGCUCAGCGAUGGGACCAGAGAGAGUCUUACCAAGCUCUGAGGACGAGCUGGGGGAGGAUGAGCGUCCAGUGGAUGGAGGGAUGCUGCCGGUGGGGGCGGUGUGGAGUGGGGGUGAGGAGGGGGGAGAAGUGGAGAUUGAUGGAGAAGAAGAAGAGGAGGAGGAGGUGAGCAAUGGGGGGUAUUAUUACCAGCCUCUGAACCAGGAGCCGGAAGGCUUGAAUGGCAGUGGGCAGCCGGAGGAUGAGGACGAGGACCUCGGGGAGGCGGCCUCCCAUGCUGAACAGAUGCAGCUGGUGCAGCACAGGAUAGAGGUGAUGGGGCUCCACCUCCCAGAAGCUCCGCCUCCAGACAGCGACGAGGAAGAGGACCCUGAAGGGGCGGCGGCCCAGAGGAGCCGAGCUGCCAUCCCCAUGGAUGCAGACCACGUGGAGCUGGUUAAGAGGACCAUGGCGGCUGUGGCGUUGCCAUCUCUGGGGGUACCACCGUGGGCCCAAGAGAUCUCUGAAGACCAGUGGAAGGACAUGGUUCAACACACGCUACAGAGCCGGCAGAGCUCCGCUGCCCUGCGCCUGCCCCUCCGGGGCAACAUUCCUGGACCCUAAACAUACCCCUACAUGGAUCCUGAAUGGAUCACCACCUGGACCCUGAACACACCAUAGUCUCAUCUGACCCUGAAUGCACCACAACAGAUGUGGACAAACUGCCACCUAAACUCUACACGCACCAAGACCCCUUCAACUCCGAUUGUCACAGCCUGCUGACCCUGAACGCAGCACAACAGACCCUAAACACAUCAUGAUGACUGUGAUGUGGUCACUGGACAUCAUGAAUCCUGAACACACCGGAGUGACCCUGAACGUAUCAUAACUGCUAACAGACAGACUGGGUUGUAGUGGGCCUUGAAUGCAGCAUGGCUACUUCGGAAGCAGGUUCUGUGUUUUGGGAACUUUCAGAUGAAUUCAUGAAACUCGCUUGUCAAACCUGAUCCACAGCUGCUCCAGGUUCUGAUUAAUCUGGAUCAUAUUUAAAUCUUUUUUUUUUCUCAGAGCAGGUGAAAGUUUCAGGUGAGUCGGUCCAGGUGGGUCAGAACACUGGAAGGAUUCCACAACUAAAAUCUGGGUUUAUAUUAUCCUGAUAAUUGAUUAACUGUUAUGAAGAAUCAAUACUCGUUUAUAAAAUGUUUUGUCUUCACUCAUUUUGUCCCAGAUUAUGUUUGGAACCAGUUUUUUUUGUAAAAAUUGUUAAUAUAAACAGUGUGCUCUGAUUGGUCAGCUGAUCAAGCUCCUCCCACAUUCCACAUUAAUAACACCCCCAAAUCCAGGAUGAGUUAUCACCCUUUAAUCAGAAAGUGGAACAUGAAGCAGACGACCGUCUUGGUGUCCCGGUGAGGCAGAACAUGAACUCCGUCUACCUUCCACCAGACAUUUGGGUCCUGCACAGCAAUCCUGAUCGAAGUCCAGAUCCAGUCCUCGUCUUCAUCCCAGUUCUCCAGCGUUCUGAAGGUCUUUUCAGACAUUUUCUGCUUUUCCCCUCACUUUCAGUCUAGCUCUUGUACUUAGAGUCUAACAAAAAUGUUGUUUGUGCUGCUAAAAGUUUUUUGUGCAACCAUAAUUUUCAAAAAUAAAGAUUAAAAAAUGA